CUCACACACACUGCUGUUCAUUCAUGUCAUUCCUGCAGCACUGAAGCAUCAACAUGAUAUUUAUAGUGUGCUUGAUUUAUUUAGCAGUACUGCCAUUCUGGGUCUCAGGAGUAUCGCUAAGUGACCAAGUUCAUCAGAAUCCACUUCAUCUGAUAACAAACGCAGAGAAAACAGAGGAGGAGGGACUAAUCUGUUCCAGCAUUAUAUGUUCAUUCCACCAGAUGUCCUCACGUGCAUCUAUAGCUGCUGAGUUUCUUUACAUCACUCAUAAAAACAAAAAUGUUUGGUUUGCUGAUUUUGCUCUGCUUCUUCCAUUAGGUUUGGGAUUAAAUCAAUCACCUCAUCUCUUUGUAACUGAGGAUCUCAAUGUGACCCUAAAGUGUUCCCAGAUUGGAACGUCACAUAACAGCAUGUACUGGUUCAGAAAAACACCCACUGAGCCACUGGAGCAGAUUGUGUAUUUCUACUUUAAAUCAGAAACCUGGGAGAAGGAUUUUAAGCAGAGAGCAUCAGCUGUGAGGAACGGGGCAUCUUUAGACCUGACUCUUGUCAAAGUACAGAGCUCUGACAGUGGUGUUUAUUACUGUGCAAAGCAGGAUGCACAUCAGUGUAACCCAAUCUAUAACCUCCACAAAAACAUGCAGAUUCACAUCUAACACCUGCUCAUCUGCUGUCACUCAAUGAAAUUCAUUACUAUGAAUGAGUGCAUAAACUAUUUAUGUAUAUUUGUUUUGUAUUAUUAUUUGAGUUUACACACAGAAUUUAAACUUUUUCA